AGCCGCUUUAUCUAACGUCAACUAAAAUAGAACACAAUCAAUUGCUCUCCACUGCGAUGGACACCAGAAAACCUGGAGCUUGUAGAGCCCCAUGUUGGUCGAGAUCGGUGCUUAGGCAAUACGCCAAUACCAGUGCUGAGCAUCUCUGUGAACGCGGAGGCGGUGCAAGAACCGGCGACGCUCGAUCACCUCGUGGCGCUCCAGAAGGAGGAAAAGCAGCACAAGACAAGCGAAAUGCACAUACUGCCAUAAGAAGAAACAAUUGGCGUGUCUCUGCUCGCUUCAUUGCGAGCGGUUCGCAGGCGGCUACUACAGUGACAAUGUGGCCAUCAUGACAGAGCGGUGCAAUUGCUCUCGGGGGUCGCGGUCUCCCCCGUGCCGCUUGUUGCGAUUAAUUUGGCCAGUUUUUAACGUCCGCCUUGGUGUCUUAUAGAUCCCAUCGGGAGGAAGUGAUCGGUGUACAACUGAGUGUGCUACUGAUCUGGGUACUAGCUGUCGGUCUCACGUUUACAUCCAGAUUGGCCCAGGACGGCCUGAUGCUGAGCAAGACGAUGGACGUCGAGGGCGACAAGGACAUGCUCGACGUUGCAGUCUUCGGACUGGCAGUAAGGUGGUACCGAUGGAGAUUCUCGACCCUGGGCAAGGCCACGGCCACGGUACUGUCAUGGCCACAGUCACAGUCAUGACAACGGCCACGGCCACUGUAAAAAGGAGCAAAGCGCAGUCGAGCAGUCUUAGUGUGCAAGAUAUAGUACCCGGUACUACAACAUGUAAUACGUACUUCCAUGUCAGCGAUGGCGUUAAUUGAUGGCGUGGAAGAGCUAACAACGGGAGUUUUGAGAGUAGUGGCUCCCAAGUUGUUGGUGUUUGACAGCACGCCGUUCGCGCUACAUGCACUCAUGCGCUACGCGGCUCCCUACAGAGUCUUGAAGUGUGUCUUGCUGGCUCCAUUGGCUCGGCAAAUUGGAAUCGUCGAAGUAUGACGUCGGAUCCAGAACUCAACGCGGAGGUUGUUGACGGAGAGACCGUGAAAUCUCCAGAAGGAGUUAUUAUAGGCAAACUACCUCGAGACUUUCGUAUCCGGAAAUUCGUGGAAAUGACGAGACUAAGCUACGAUGAACUUGAUGCCAUGGCGUUUCUUGAAGCAGUAAACCAGUUAGCGAUAGCCGCUACUGAUGAAUCCACAAUACUGGAGAAGAUGGAGAUCAUACACCACUCCUACUUUUUUGCUAUUACGGAUACGAUUCGAAAGAUUUCUGAUCCACAGGGCACUUGUACCUAAAAAUCUACUUAGUACUUCGAAGUAAAGAAUAGAUACCAAUGUUGAAACCAAUGUAAUAAACCCAAUCUGAAGGCAAC